AGACAGAAGGAACCACAGUUUCGUCAGUGGAACCUUCACUAGGAGCAACCAUUAGUUUGGCUCCAGACGUAGAAGGAUCUGGUGAAACGGAAACAACAACAGCCUCCACAAAUGAAGCUACCACUGUCGGAACAAAUAGCUCUGCAUCUGAGUCCAAUGUUGAUGGAUCUGGUGACUCUGCAUCCGAAGAGGAACAGAAAACUGAAGCUGAAACAACUACCAGCGUAACAUCAGCACCUGAAGUCGAAGCAUCAGGAGAAACU